AUGAAUGAAUUAAAACUUCUCGAAAGAUUGCCAGCUAGAAAAACAAAUAUCAAGAUGAAUUUUGUUAUAAAUGGUGUAUUUUCAUUUCCUGAGGAAUGGAGAGUAACAGAUGAAGCAAAUCCUAAUUUAUUUUAAUACUCAGUUGCAUUUCUUGAUUAAAGAUUAUCAGGAGGGAAGAUAAUUCCUAGAGAAUUGACUGAAAAGGAGAAAAGAGAAAUUGAAGAAGCAGAAGCAGCAAAAAAGGCUAAAAAGCAACCAAAAAAAGAUGCUAAAAUUGAAGUAAAAUCAAUUAAUAGUCUAAGCCUCCUAAAUUAACACCAGAAGAGGAGAAAGAAAAGCUUCUUAGAGAAUAAAUGGAACUAGAAGAAUAAUAGAAACUUAAGGCAGAAUGGGAUGCAUUGACAGAGGAGGAAUAAUUUUAUAAGACUCAAGAAGNGAUGAAAAAAGUUUUAAACUGA